AUGGCCUUGACCUUGACGCAGGAGCAAAUCGCUCAAUUCCGCCAGGUGUUUGAUCACUUCGACAAGGACAACACUGGAGACAUCACGGCCGAAGAGCUGGGCGAGGUCAUGAGGUCUCUGGGCCUCCAACCGAGCGAAUCGGAGCUGCAUGACCUGGUCGCCGAAGCCGACAUCGAUAACAACGGCAGCAUCGACUUUGACGAGUUCCUCAACAUGAUGGCCCGCAGCGUCAAGGAGGGCGACACGGAGCAGGAGCUGCGGAACGCGUUCGGGGUGUUCGACAAGGACAACAGCGGUACCAUCUCGGCGUCGGAGCUGCGACAGGUGCUCGCCUCCCUGGGCGAGAACCUGACCGACGAGGAGCUCGACGACAUGCUCAAGAUGGCGGACAAGAACGGUGAUGGCACCAUUGACUACAGUGAGUUUGUGCAGAUCAUGACCCGUGACUGA